UUUUGUUUUUUAGUUUUGGAGCGGUGGUGGUGGUGGGGGGGGACGCGGGGGUCGGCGUCGCCACCGGGGCGGGCGGCCGGCCGGCCGGCGAACGGCGGGUUGGCGGGGGAAGGCGUCGUGUGUUGGGGGUCGGGGCGGCUGCAGCGCCCUCCCUGUCGGGGCGGCGCGGCGGCCAUUUUGUGUUUAUCCCUCCAUGGCGCACUUUGGGUGUUUAGUGUCAUCUUUUAUCAGAAAGAAAUAAUUAAAAGGAGGAAAAGGGCGAGGAGAGAGCAAAAAAGACAGGUUUCCCACCCCCCCCCUCACUCCUCUCCACCAACUGCAACAAGCAGAGCCGCCGGUCUGGGUGUCUAUGUGCGUGUUUGGGUGUGUGUGUGUGUGUGUGUGUGUGUGUAUGGUGUGUAUAUGGUGUGUGUGUGAGUGAGGGGAGGGGGGGAAAAAAAAAGACCGAGGAUGCGUUCCUAAGGCUGUUGUAAAAGGAAGAAGCAUUCGCUUUUCUUCAUGUGCCAUGGCGGGCUGUUGGAUGGAUAAUGUGUGAGAGGGAGAGCAAACAUUUUACCAUCAGCACCUAUUGAAUUUCUACAGUACUAAAUGGUUAAGUUACUGGACUAAUAUCCAUGGGCCGGGACAUGAGUUUGAAUCCCACCACAGCAAAUGGAGAAUUUUAAAUUCAAUGACAGCGAUGCUGUGUUUCACCUGGGAGCAAUAACCAGGCAGCUUGUGUAGUGUCAGUGUCAGCUACAGAAAGUAGCCAUCUGAACACACAGGUGCCUGUUUCUAACCAUCCUUACCAGUGCUGGUAAGGAUAGGGGGAAGUUGCAGAAUGGAACAAAGAAAUGCAUUGUUAGGGUCUAUGAACCAGCCUUUGGGCAUUGAUGCAGAGGGAAGCCCUGGAAAGAAUACCACGACGAGUUGCUACAAUAAAGUUGCUGGCAGGAGAGAGGAAGAGUUGGAUGGGACUGCCUUAGAGGAGGAAGAUGGUACGAACUGGAAGCAGGAGGAGGGCAAAGUGAUUGACUCCAGACAAGAACUUGACCCACCAAACUCGGACCAGCAGCAGUUCUCCGUCAAGGAGACAAACUUUACAGAAGGCAGCCUGAAACUGAAAAUUGGGCUGCAGCCUAAGAGAACUAAGAAACCCCCGAAAAGCCUGGAAAAUUAUGUUUGCCGGCCAGCUAUAAAAACCACCAUCAAGCACUCGCGAACUAAGAUAGCCAAAAGUGGGAAGACCACUGAGGAGAGAGAAGAAGAAAGUGAGCAAAAACGGGGUUCCCUGAAGUUGCACAACAAGAGUGAGGAAAUGAAGACAGUUGAAUCAUCUAUAGAGGAGAGUCGCUACCCACAGACAGGAGGAGAGCCGAAGAAACCACCGCCACCACCUCCACCACCACCACCUCCAACUCCUCCACCUCCUCCUCCUCCUCCAAGUUUGGAACAGUCUGAAUGUAGUAAAGCUGCUGUGUGUAGCACGGCAAGCAGCAGAAACACUGACACAAAAGAACAAGUAAACGGUGAGGCGUCUUUGAUUGAAAAAUCUUCAAUGCUGAAAAGCAACUGCCCUGCAUCAAAGUUUUCCAGAACGAAGUUUAGGAAGCCAACAACUGGCAAUGGGAUGGUGAUGAACAAAGACUUGAGCCAGCUGAAAGCUGGUCUUGCUGCUGCCAGCUCGGUUAAAGAGCACUUGAGCACUCCAAGUUAUGUAGAUUACAAGAAUGUGAACUCAACGGAACAGGAAGCUACACAAUCUGGGAAAGACGCCACCAGCGGUAAAGUCUGUGGCAAAACCGUUCUAACCCAACUGACCAAGGAGACCCUGCUGGUAAAAUCAUCGGUAAGGCAAGAGUCUCUGGUGGGUGACGCAGCACUGUGCAACGAAGAAGUCUCACCGCGCCACGAUCAGCUGGCCUCCACGGAGAAGGUAGAGCACACAAUCCCAAAGCUAGAUAAGCAACCUACAACAAAUUGCACUUCAGCAGACCAUCGAGCUGCGACUAGCACUGACGUCUAUGGGAGGAGGUCCACCAGUAGUGCAGGGGUGGAAGGGGCCAUUUCUGCACCCUCACCAGCAGGACCCACGGUUUCAUUAAACAGGAAUGCUGCUUUUCCUCCUCCUCUUCCUCCUCCUCCUCAGCCCACUUCCACCCAGGUAGAAACCGACCAGGUGUUGGUAAUUUCAGAUAUGGAUAUCAAGCCAGCAGUCGAAAGUCAGCCCGUGUCGAGCAACCUACCCCUCCACUUCGGCUUCAAGCUCCACGCUCACAAUUUCAAUGCGGAGUCUGCGAACACCGAACGCACAAAUGAAAGCAGCUUGCAGCCCCCGCGCCUGGACAGCAUGAAGACUUUCACUCAACUAACCGAGAGGAGCCGCGAGUUGCCGUGCCCUCCAGUGCCUAAGACUGAUUCGCCCAGUUCAGCCAGCAGCACGGUGGCUAGCUUUAAAAGCCUCCUAAACAGCAAACCCUCGCUCAAGCCCAGCACCCUGAAAGUGGCGCAUCAGCAGCUACAAAAAACCUACCAGAACUGCUCGGUCCCCAAUACUACUCUCCAACCAAAACUCAUAAACAAAAGGAAGGGGAAGAGCCCCCGAAUGAAAGUGGUUGCGAGCAGUACUGUUAGCGCUUUUGGUGAGUGUUUGGCUUCAUCAGUAGCAUCAUCAGGACUACUGAAAACUGCCACAUACAGAACAGAGCAAAAAAUUCACUCUGAUCAUCCUCCAAUGAUAAGGAGCCCAGGCUUUUCCUCAGUUUUAAGUGAGUCUAAAAUCAUUAAGCCCCGCCUGCCAAAGUUGACCAAGGCUUGCAUUUCCCCGCCUCUGCCCCAGAAACCGGAGGGGGGGAGACGUUUUAUAUCUCAGCAAGGUCACCACGAAGAGAGAGUCUCUAAAAAUGGUCUGCAAGACUCUCCGUCAUUAAGUGGCACCUCAAAUGUUCACAAACCUAAAAGAGCCCGAGCGAAACUUGAUCCCAUGCCUCAACUUGAAGAGCCACCACGUAGGACUUUAAAGAUCCCCCCUUCCAAAGUACUUUCGGUGAUGUCAAAGUCCAAGGAAUUUAUCAGGGAGAAAGAGCCUCCUAUACUUCAGCCGGAAACCGAAAUUGUGCCCAGCAAAACUUUUGUAGCCUCUCUUCCUGGAAAGCGGAGGCGGGGCAGGCCGAAAAAGCAGCUGAUGCCCGUAGCCAAAGCCAUGGCACCAGCCGCAUUACUCACUGCGCCAUUGGCAGUCACAGAUAGCACGGGCGAGCCCGAGGAGGAAACCACGCACCACAGGAGUCUCGAACCAAGCGAGCUGAAGAAUAAGCCAGUGGAGUAUGCACAGAAAAUGACUGGUGGUGAUGACUUUGAAAUGGGGAGCGAAACCGACUCGAAAUCAGCCAAGAAGGGGAAGAGGCAAUUGAUGAAAACACUUUUGGAUAAAAAAUUUAUCAAAAAGAUCAACAAGAUGAAAACGCUGAAAAGGAAAAAGCUUUUGAACCAAAUCCUUUUGAGUGCUGGUGGCUCUAGUAAUAAAGGGAAAGUGCAAUCGAAGCUGAGUAGUAAUGUCUCGACUUUCACUGCCACCUUUGGCUCCAAGGUGGGCCAGCAAAUUAACGUUAGUAAAAAAGGAACUAUUUACAUAGGAAAGAAAAGGGGCCGAAAGCCCAAAAUGUCAUUAGAUGGUCCGUAUAUAAGUAGCAUGCUGUCUAUCGAUAAUAAGCCAUCGCCACCAGCAUUCACCACAACACUAGGGCAAGUGCUGCCAAACUUCACGCAGUCAUCAAACUCGAAUGUACCGGAUAUCCUGCCUUCGCCGACUUACUCCCAGUCGUCAGGAGUGAGUGGAAGUCAGAGUCCUGCCAGCAGCGAUGCAGGGUUUAUUGAACCCACCCCAGUGCCAAACUUGCACUUGCACGGCAGCAGAGGCAACGCGGUGCAGACGCUCGUGACGCGGAAAGCCUCCAAAGGCCGCCGGAAGCUUUCGCCUCCAACGUUGCUGCCAAACUCGCCGUCUCACCUGUGUGAGCUGACGUCGCUGAAGGAGGCCACGCCUUCGCCCAUCAGCGAGUCACACAGUGAGGAGACCAUCCCGAGCGACAGUGGCAUCGGGACAGACAACAACAGCACGUCGGACCGGGCUGAGAAGUUUUGCGGGCCAAGGAAGCGACGGUACUCCUUUGACCAUGUCUCCGUCAUGCCUCCUGAGAGCGCAGCGGUCUUGUCCGGACUGAAAGAGAAACAUAAGCACAAGUGCAAACGCAGAGCCCACGAUUAUCUUAGCUAUGACAAACUUAAGCGGCAGAAGAGGAAACGGAAGAAGAAGUACUUACAGCUGCGGAACAAACAAGACCCCAAUUUUUUGGCUGAAUUGGAGGAACUGAUAACUAGAUUGAGUGAGUUGAGAAUAACUCACAGAAGUCAUCACUACAUCCCGAGAGACAUUCUUCCUUCAAUCUUUCGGAUCAAUUUUGGCAGCUUCUACACGCACCCGCCUUUCCCUUUUGACCCUAUGCACUAUGUCCGAAAGCCUGAACUGAAGAAAAAAAGGGGCAGGCCUCCGAAAAUGCGAGAUGCCAUGGCUGAAGUCCCCUUUGUCCACAGCCUGGGGUUCCCCCUAGCAAAUGGUGGUUUCUUCCCUUCCUACAGUAUGCCUUACUCUCCAACCCCAGUCUCAGCAGGCCCGCUGGGAUUGGGUUAUUAUGCACGGUAUCCUCCAACGCUCUACCCACCUCCCCCUCCCCCUCCUCCCCCCUCCUUAAGUAGUACAAUGCCCCCUCCCUCGUACAUGCAUACUGGCCACCUGCUCCUAAACCCCAACAAGUACCACAAAAAGAAACACAGACUUCUCAGACCAGAGGCCUUCUUAGCUGGCAGUCGGACCUCGCUGCUGUCCAUGGGCACUUAUGCCAGCAUCCCAGCAGAAAUGGCUUACAGUUGGAUGCACGAGCACAAACACAAGCACCGACACAAGCACCGAGAGCAUCGCUCCUCCGAGCAAAAUGCAUCAUCUGUGGACGGGUUAACAGUUAAUCCCUCACUGUUGCGGCGGUAUGCGUAUGGAAAGGAAGCAAUCUCGGAAAGGCACAAACAUAAAGACAAACACAGAUGCCAUAUGCCAUUCAGCCACAUGACCUCAUCGAAAGGUUUACUAGGUAGGGGAGAUCAGUGGACUCGAAGGGACUCCACGGAGCAUGGUUCCAUAUCAGUAGGAUUGCAAACUCCUCUCCAAAUAGACUGUACGGAUGGGUCAGCGGGCUCGUGUUCGGGACGAUAUAUGUCUAGCUCAGAGUCGAGCGUCAGUGAAGAACAUACCAAUCUGUUUACAAGUGCAAUAGGAAGCUACAAGCCUAGCAAACCCUCGAAUGGUAUGGGGCGAAAGAAGUCGUCUGAUAGUCCGGAACUUCUUGCCACCCAGGAUAGUUUGCCGAGCAGGUUAAUAAGGAGGGACAGGCCCCCUUCCGGAGAAAGAACCAACCUGACACCAGCAGGCAUGCAACCAGCACAGGACAAACACGCGUCACAGAGGCAUCAGGACGGUGCUUGUUGCAGCCCCAGCAGGAGGAGGACUCCAUCAGAAAGUGCAACUUUACCUGGCACAGGAUCGACAUCCCGAGGUACAAAACUAGGAAGUCCAGUAGAGGAAGCUAUUGAGAAUGUCAUCCAGCGCGUGACACAAGAUGGGUCCCAGCAAAUGGCCAUAGAGAAGACAAUAGAAGAUGUUAUAGCCAGCGUAACGGUUACUCGCCCCAACAGUCCCCUAACCCCUGUCUCGGGCAAAAGCUACAGUCAAGAAAGGUGUCAGAGCAAACGAGCAGAAACCCCUCCUGCCCAGACUGUGGGGACAAACGACUUCCCAGAGAACAACCAGUUAUCUGCAGAUAAACAGACUAUAACAGCCAGCCACCGACUCAAGAAGGAUCGAAUCGAAGCCAUGCAGUGUCAGGCAAGGAGAAUGUGCAAUUUUGACAAAAUCUUAGCCACCAAGAAGAACCUGGACCACGUCAACAAGAUUCUGAAAGCCAAAAAGCUGCAGAGGCAGUCACGGACAGGUAACAACAUCGUCAAGCGUAAGCGAGGGAGGCCCCGGAAGAGGGAGCUGUGCCUCCCUCAGCCCAUCACAGCCCCUCCCACUCCUCCGGAAGUGGACAGGUUUUCCAAGGAGCAGAGCGAGAGCGCAGAGAAGGCCAGAGAGUCUGACACAAUCAUGGACGUUAUUGAAUCGGUGCUGCAAAGCGUGAAUCAGCAGCAGUCGGAGCACAGGAAGGGGGUGAAGCGGAAAAGGCACUUUGAGGAUGACUCCCCUGAGUUGUCCUCCGAAGCAGCUGCCCCAGCAGAGACUACAGAGAAGACAGCGUCACCGGAAUCUUCAACGCCGCAUCCUCAACCACCCGUCCAGAGGGAAAAGAAGGCCCCUCGUCCUCCAAAGAAAAAAUACCAGAAGGCAGGACUGUACUCUGAUGUCUACAAGGUCCCUGAUCCAAAAAGUCGGCUGAUUCUGGUGAAGAAAGAGAAGCUGGAGUACGUUCCUGGAGAGCAUGACUACGGGCUCUUCCCCGCCCCAAUCCACGUCGGCAAGUACUUGAGACAGAAGCGGAUAGACUUUCAGUUGCCAUAUGACAUCUUGUGGCAGUGGAAACACAAUCAGCUAUACAAAAAGCCUGAUGUCCCUCUUUAUAAGAAAAUUCGCUCAAAUGUGUUUGUCGACGUUAAGCCUCUCUCUGGCUGCGAGCCCACGACUUGCAACUGUAAGAGGCCAACGAACCCAGCAGAGAAGAGCUGCAUGGAGGACUGUCUGAACAGGAUGAUCUUUGCAGAGUGUGCCCCGAGCACGUGUCCCUGUGACGAGUAUUGCUGUAACCAGCGGAUCCAGAGGCACGAGUGGGUGCAGUGCCUGGAGCGGUUCCGAGCUGAAGGCAAAGGCUGGGGCAUCCGCACCAAGGAAACCCUGAAGGCCGGGCAGUUCAUCAUCGAGUAUCUGGGUGAGGUGGUCAGCGAGCAGGAGUUCAGGAACCGGAUGAUAGAACAAUACCAGAACCACAAUGACCACUACUGCCUGAACCUAGACAGCGGGAUGGUGAUCGACAGCUAUCGCAUGGGCAACGAGGCUCGCUUCAUAAACCACAGCUGCAGCCCCAACUGCGAGAUGCAAAAAUGGUCGGUCAAUGGUGUUUACAGGAUUGGACUGUUUGCACUGAAAGACGUGAAUGCUGGCACUGAACUGACCUAUGACUACAACUUCCACGCAUUCAACCUGGAAAAGCAGCAACUGUGCAAGUGCGGGGCAGAGAAGUGCAGGGGCAUCAUCGGGGGCCGGAGCCAGAGGAUGAACGGGCUGCUGAACAAAAACGGUCAGCAGGCAAAUGGACAGAAGAAACCAGGCAGGUUGAAGGAGAAGAGGAAGUCAAAGCACCGAUUAAAGAAGAGGAGGGGUCAUGUGUCAGAGGAACCAAGCGAGAGCGUCGGCAACCCUGCUAAGCUGAGCCAGCCACAUCAGAUGAAGCCCAUGUCCAACAGAGAGAGGAACUUCGUGCUGAAGCACCACGUGUUUCUGGUGCGCAACUGGGAGAAGAUGCGGCAGAAGCAGGAGGAGGCGAAGCAGGAGACCGACAACAGUCAGUCCGUGUCGCUGUACACCCGCUGGAAUGGCAUCUGCCGAGACGAUGGCAACAUCAAAUCCGAUGUUUUCAUGACCCAGUUUUCAGCACUCCAGACGUCUCGAUCAGUCAGGACCCGGAGGCUAGCUGCAGCGGAGGAGAACAUCGAGGUGGCACGCACCGCACGUCUGGCGCAGAUUUUCAAGGACAUCUCCGAUACCAUCAUAUCCUACAAAGAUUCAUCGGAGCAAGCUCUGGCCACACCCCUACUGAACCUGCCAUCAAGGAAAAAGAAAUCGGACUAUUACGAGAAGAUUACUGACCCAAUCGACUUGGUCAGCAUCGAGAAGCAGAUUCUGACAGGCCAUUACAAGACGGUAGAAGCCUUCGAUGCAGAUAUGCUCAAAGUCUUCAGGAAUGCAGAGAAAUAUUUCGGCAGGAAGUCUUCCAUAGGCAGAGACGUUUGCCGCCUGAGGAAGGUCUACUACAACGCCCGCCACGAAGCCUCCGCCCAGAUCGACGAGAUCAUCGGCGAGACAGCCAGCGAGGCCGACAGCAGCGAGACUUCCAUCGGCGAGAAGGAGAACGGCAAUGAGAAGGACGAUGACGUGAUCCGCUGCAUCUGCGGCCUCUACAAGGACGAGGGGCUGAUGAUUCAGUGCGAGAAGUGCAUGGUAUGGCAGCACUGUGACUGCAUGCGUGUAACUGCAGAUGUCGAACACUACCUGUGUGAGCAGUGUGAUCCUCGGCCUGUGGAACGGGAAGUGCCCAUGAUCCCCCAGCCUCACUACGCCCAGCCUGGCUGUGUGUACUACAUCUGCCUACUGCGAGAUGACCUCCUGCUCCGACAUGGUGACUGUGUUUACCUGAUGAGAGAUAAUCGGCGAGGUCCUGAGGGGCAGCCUGUCCGACAGUCGUACCGGCUGCUCUCCCACAUCAACCGGGACAAACUCGACAUCUUCCGCAUCGAGAAGCUCUGGAAAAACGAUAAGGGGGAGCGCUUUGCCUUUGGUCACCACUACUUCCGGCCCCAUGAGACCCAUCACUCUCCAUCAAGAAGGUUUUACCAUAACGAGUUAUUCAGGGUGCCCCUCUAUGAGAUCAUCCCUUUGGAGGCUGUGGUGGGAACCUGCUGUGUGUUGGACCUCUACACAUUCUGUAAAGGGAGGCCGAAGGGGGUGAAGGACCAGGACGUUUACAUCUGCGACUACCGCCUCGACAAGUCCGCGCACCUCUUCUACAAGAUCCACCGCAACCGUUACCCCGUCUGCACAAAGUCGUAUGCCUUCGACCAUUUCCCGAAGAAACUGACACCCAAGCGAGAUUUCUCUCCUCACUAUGUUCCCGAAAAUUACAAGAGGAAUGGAGGACGGUCCUCGUGGAAGUCGGAACGGACAAAAGUGCACUGCAAGGAGGUGGUCCAGGAGGAGGACCUCCCGCCCCCGAUCAUUGAGGACAUGUCGACCGCCCAGGAGCAGCCAGCUGCCGAGAUGCCCCACUUGGAGGAGCAAGAGAGCGAGAGCAGCAACACCUCCAAAGUGGACUGCAGCCCGGAGGAGAAGCAGAGGGUGCAGAGGGAGAAGCUCAACAAGAUCCUGCUGAACCUCUUGGCCAAGAUCCCAGGGAAGAACGCCAUCGACGUGACCUACCUGCUGGAAGAGGGCUCAGGGAGACGUCUGCGUCGACGGACACUGUUGUUAGCCGAGAGCAGCUUCAGGAAGUGAACCGCCCCCGCAGCGCAAGAAGAGCCUCUCUCUCCUCCGCCAGGGAUUCUGGCGUCUGCCCGGGUCUGACUGCGUCCCGAGCAGCGAGGGACGUGAGGGAUGGGAGAAAACCUUUCCUACACCACACCCCUUUUCCCCCCUGUUCCCACCCCUUCCCUCCCCAUUGCCCAGGCUCUCCCACUUAAACCCAUUGGAAAUGGGACUGGAAAGUGAAGAGUGACUCAUUGGAGAAAACAAACAGUUAGCACUUGGAUACAGUGAGGUGUUGAAGACCUGCAGUGCUCUUAUAUUGUGUACAGUAGCCCUCGUAUUAACUUCAGUGGGGGUUGGGGAGGGGAGGGAGGAGGGGGUGGCUUGGUUAGCUCUCUGGGUCGUUGGGCCCCAAGGCAGC